GGCCGCGAAAGUAAAAAAAAUGUGCAGAGCUACUUCAGGCUGAUAAAAACAGUGCAAAGAUUGGAAACUCAGCGAUUCAAAGGAAUGAUGGCGACACUGGCCUCGUGUAGCUUAUUUAGGACGGCUCAUCAAACACAGAACUAUCUUCAUCUUAGAAUGUAUGCAAGACGAUCAUGUCGGAUGAUACAGUUCUUAUUGGCAGAUGUUGGUCACCUCCAAGAAACAUCAAGAAAUCUGAAUGGAAGUCAUUUCAACGGAACUGAAAGCUUACCCUCAACAAGUGUAACCAGAGAAAACAACUCUAUAAGACACAGUCUUCCAAGACAAAACACAAAUCAGUACAUGCCAAGGAGGCACUCGCAUAUAUGUUGUUCAAAUUCACUGAGAAGGCCAAUGAUAGCCUGGACACCAAACAUUCAAUGUGUGUGCAACAUGCAUCCAUCUGGCCCAGGGAAAGAGAGAAUCCUAAAUGUGUUUGACCGCAAGGCGAAACGAAUGCAGAAGGAUAGAGCAGCACUUGCAGAAGAUGCUCAUGUGUAUGACUAUUUGAAAGACGAGGUAGCUGUACGUGUUGCUGAUAGGAUAAGAGAUGUUGCUAGGAAAUUUGAUGUAGCCUUGGAUCUUGGUUGCGGCAGAGGCCAUAUAGCUAAGUGCAUCAGUAAGAAAGUGGUGAAAAAGCUUUACAUGUCUGACCUUUCCAGAAACAUGCUGGAGGCGGCCCACAUACCCGAAGGCAUCGAAUGCGUCAAAAUUCACGCUGAUGAAGAGUUUAUCCCUUUUAAAGAUGAUUCCUUGGAUCUUGUUGUGAGCAGUUUAAGCCUGCAUUGGGUGAAUGACCUACCGGGUGCACUGAAACAGGUUCUUAAGGCUCUAAAGAAUGAUGGUGUCUUUAUUGGGUCUAUCUUCGGAGGGGACACCCUGUUUGAGCUGAGAUGUUCCCUUCAGCUGGCAGAGCAAGAACGGGAAGGGGGUUUUGCACCACACAUAUCACCUUUCACAGACAUGCAGGACCUUGGUAAUCUAUUGGCGAGGGCAGGCUUCAACAUGCUGACAAUUGAUAUUGAUGAGGUAACUGUGAACUAUCCAUCCAUGCUGGAAUUACUGCACGACCUUAAGGGCAUGGGGGAGAACAACGCAUCGUGGACACGCAAGAGCUUACUACGACGGGACACCCUCACUGCAGCUGCAGCCAUUUACAAAGACAUGUAUGGAAAUGAGGAUGGGUCCGUACCGGCGACAUUCCAGAUACUGUACAUGAUUGGAUGGAAACCAGACGAGUCACAGCCCAAGCCGGCAAAGAGAGGCUCAGCAACAGCUUCACUUAAAGAUCUGGACAAAUUGCCGAAAAGAAAAUGACCGUCACCCCAUUGUGAGUUUGAUAAUAAGUUACCCAUCAGUGAGGAGAGACCGAAGUCAUUUUGGAAGUUGAAAUACACUGGAGUGUACGGCAUUGUGUUGAUGGUAAUGUGCACCACCCAUAAGAGCCAACGGGGCAGGUGAUCCAGUCAGCAUUUGAAAGCUGUGAAGUUGCUGAACUUUAUUUCCUACAAAUUUGUUUUCUGAACAAAAUUGCUGUGACACUUCUUUUGUGUGUACAUUUUAAAGGGGCCUGACAAGGAAUCCUCAAAAUGGCAUCAAUUAUCUUUGUGUUGGACUCGUUCUAGGCAAGAUGCCUAUAUCCUGGAGAAUAGAGCUAAACCCUACUCUUUUUACGUCAUCAGAGAGCCUUGAAUAUUGAAGUCAGUGUUUGAAACGUAAGUAAACUCUUGUACCCCUAUUAAGGCUAUGAAGAUAUUUUUUAUGAAGUUAUUUUUUUUAGCGGCCUAUAAAAUAUGAGAUCACGCAGUAAACAGGUUGUUUUGGUUCAUCCAAACAGUGUCACUGUAUAAAGAAGCCACCUACUCCUUUCGGCUUUGCAAAUUAAAUCCAACGGUUGAUUUCUUUCAUGCUGUAUAAUUACAUUUCUUUAAUAGGAUUAGGCAUAAGUGUGUUUUCUUAAAAAAAAUACCAUGACAUCAAAACAGAUUGUCGACUUCACAUCAGUUCGCGUUUUAGGAGAGGAUAAUUAACAAUCAUUGUGUAUAAACCAACGAAAUUGAAUUUCUAAUUAAAGAGCUUAAAGACAUGGAUAAAGCUUAAAUUUGGAUGUGGACCUACUCACUUAUCCAGAAAUAUUUAUUUCAGUGCUGAUAAUUACAAAGGGCGGGAGUAUUGUUAAGGGAGCUGUGUUAUUAUAUUAACCCAUAGAAGUUGUAGGCAUAUCCUUUAAUCCUCACGAUAGUUAAUAUUUAUUUAUCUGAAUUGAAGAAGAAGCAAAUGAUUGAAGGGGAUGCUGUCUCGACCUCACCGAAUCUGACCUGUUUUUGUGACCAGAAUAAAACAUCGUCUAUGAGAAAUCGA